UUACGAGGCGGAGUUGAAGAGGAGCUGAGCUCAUGAGGAGAAACUUCCGGAAAGAUAUUCGCUUGGCGCUAAGUUACUUUAUAUAGAAACUCAUCUGUAGGACAUAGGCUUGUAUUUUAGGUUUAGAGUGGUAUUAUACUGACGUAACAGCCACCAAAACGGUUUUCGUACGAAAGUCUCGAGUCCUGACGAUUUAUUCCAGAUGAGACGAGCAAAGCGACAGUAACUAUGGGUGAAGCGCUCAGCACUAAAUUACCGGUCAGACGGAAUUCAACUUCUAAAUCGGGAUGGGAUUCAACUGAGCAUGCUUUUAAUAUUCCCUUGGACAUCCUUGAGGAAAUCUUUCUAAAUCUGCCUGCCCACAAGGUGGUUUGUGUGUGUCGAUUAGUUUGCCAUCAUUGGAAAGAUGUCGCAGAUAAUGAGUCUCUCUGGAGACAAAGGUGCAGAAGAGAAGGGUAUAAUCUGCACGAAUCUUCCAAAGUACCAAGCGACUGGAGGUUCUUUUACUUCAUGUGCAAGAAAAGGAGAAAUCUCAUAAAGAAUCCAAGAGGGGAAGAUGAAUUUAAGGAUUGGACGAUAGUAAGGAAUGGAGGUGAUGGAUGGAGAGUAGAGAAACCUAUUGCACUACACCCAAAUGCAGAAGUACAAACAAACUUUGUAACUUCCUUCAGAAUGUGCACAAAGUCACAGCUCAUUGAUUUGGUGAAUGAGGGUUACAGCCAGGCUUUUAUGGAUGAGGUUCAGCCCCACAUCAAGGUGUCCGACUGGUAUGCACCUCGAUGCAACUGUGAAUACAACAUGUCUGUGAAGCUGCUGCACAGCAACAAAAGGAUUAUUGAGGAAUUUACUCCUGGUACUAUUCACCUACCUGAACAGGAAAAUCGCAGGUGGAAACAGAUGAUCCAUGUGUUUAAGGACUAUGGACCAGGAGUCAGAUAUGUCUACUUUGAGCACGGCGGUAAAGAUUCUGUAUUCUGGGCAGGAUGGUAUGGGAUUCGCUUAACAGAAACAUCCAUUGAAUUAUGUCCAGCACUGGACAAACAGAAUUAUUAACCCUACAGUGGUUAAGAAGACAGGUUUUAACUACUAUUCCACUACAAUACUCUUUAUAGCAUGUUUGUGAAACAUGUUAUAGAGAACUGUAAAACAGACAUGUAAUCUUGAUUAUCUUAAACUGUAACAAGGUAUUUAAAACCCAAUACUUACAAGACUGUCAAUUUUGAUUUUUGUACUUUUAAAUCUAUUUAUUUGGAAUGUUCUCAGUCUUUUUCUUGUCCUUCCUUUUAAACGUUCUAGUAAUUACUGCUUUAACAAUUAUAUAACCCAGUGUAGUAAUGUUUUUAAAUAUGCUCGUUCACGCUGCUCACAAUGUACCUUUAACAAAUUCUUGUAGUUGUAUUGCUGUAGUUUUCCUGCCACUUUUUUGUCCACGUGUAAAAAUGUCAAUUUCCCCUUUGUAAUUAUCAAGACACAGAACAACAUGUUAUUUGAAGAUUUAAUCAUAAUACUG